AUGCCCUCGAUCAUCACUGAAGCGACCGCUUCCUCAGUUAUUCCAGUCAUCGACCUCGACAGAUGGGUUUCAUCCCCCGAUUUCAUUGCCACCUACUCAUCCACCUCUUCCUCUGUCCCAGUGAUCAAAACCGAGACCGACACGGACAAGAAGCCACAGUUGAAAGUCGACGAAGAUGUAAAAUUUCCAGAGGCAGACAUCAAGAGGUGUGAAGAGGAAGAAAGGAGACGGGAGACAGAGCUUGAGGAUGCGAUGAGAAUUGCUGAGGCGAGAAUGGAAUUGCAUGGAGUUAGGAGGAAGAUUGAAACAUUGAGGUCAGGAAGUUUGUGA